AUGUCAAACGUAGGAGGCAGUAGCAUUCGGAAACGGAAGAAUGGCGAUGUUUCCUCUAUCAAGGAGAACAGUAUUCCAGGGGUCUCAGUGGAUUGCAAAAAGGAAGUAGCAAAUGUUGAACUGGAUGCGGGAAACCCUGAAUUAAAGUCUCACACAGAAACAAGAAAGGUUUUGCGGCCGUUUCGCCGAGCAUGGAAGUAUAAAAUAGCCGAUGAAAUGCUUAGCGAUGAAGUAGUUUGUGAUGAAAUGCAGAGGUGUUCCUAUGUUAGUGGUCGUACCUGUGUGGCCUGUAGGAAUUUUCGUUUGAAGUCACACUUGGAUGCAAAUGGUUUUUGUGAAGUCCACAAGCGGUUUUUUCGUCAGCUAAAGCAGUUAUAUAUAAUGGAGCAAAGGCAAAGCGACCCGGGGUUUUUCACCGCAAAAAUUCUUGAUGAAGAUGAAUCGGUGGCUUUAAGCGAUGAGGAUGAAACUUUGGCUACGUCGUCGGAUUGGCCUGCUUCAUGUGAGGAUCUUUAUAGUGGUUCAUUCGAGAAUGAUGGCUGUCAUCCUCUUCAAAAUGCGCGUAUUCUUAGCAGUGAGGAAUGCCUUUUAAUGAAGCUUGCGCUGCUGCAACGUAAAAAACACGCUUUGGAGGAGUUCAGAGAGAUGCUGCUGGAAAAGGCGAAAAGGAAAGCAGCACUCUAUAAAAAGAAAAUUGCUGAGGAAAGCAAAAAAGGACGUUUAGUGGCUACAACCAGAAGAGAAAAGGCAGUUAUGCAGUCUUUUUAUGCGUUAAAGACUUACAGGCGCUGGAUGCGAUCUUCUUUGUCGCAAUACAUGAAAAGAAAGAAUGAAUUACGUGUGAAGUUUGAGGAUCAUGGUUCUGACAGCCUUGCUUAUCUUCAACUGAAACAUAGUGAGACUGCGUUAAAAAGAUGUGGUUUUUCAAAGAGCGAGGUCAGACUUAGGAAAGAAGGUGAAACUGCUGCGAGUUCUUCUAAUGAUUUGAGAUGUUCAGAAGCUGUAGUUCCAGGAUCUUCUUUCUGCCCAAAGCACAUUAUAGAAGACAAGGACCAGAAACUCUUCCCAGUCUGUCCAACUUGCCAUGGGUUUACUCAUGACUCUGAUGCAGGCAGGCUACUUUGGUUUAUGAAGAAGGAUGUGGGGUUUUUGCACUACGAAAGAUGUCCUGCUUACCUUAAGGUUCAGGCCGUCUCGAAAAAUCUACUUAACCUAUCUCCUGCUAAGAAUAAGUUUUCGACUUCUGUAACUGUGGUUGGGAAGGACACUCAAGCUGAAUGUGAAAAUGAUGGCAAACGCUUCUUGGGCUCAGGAGUAUCGAUGGAGAAGAUCAGUAAGAAAAAAAGUUUCGAUGACAGGGAAGUUAGUGAGACGAGUGUGAAGUAUGUUGUCAUCGCUAGCGGUGAUGAAGAUGCUGAGGACGCUUUCAAGCUUCCGGGGGAACCUAUUACAAGGAGGCCACUCUGUGUUCCCGGAAUAGCUCCGCAAUUUUCUACUCGGAACAGACCAUUCCAUGAAACAAAAGUGUACUCUGACAGUAACGUGAAAGUUGCUUCUAGUCCAGUCCAACUUGUAGCUUCAAAUUCCUUACCCUCGCAGAAGAGAUCACGCAUAAGGGUGAAGGACACUUUUACAUGUGCUCGAGUAAGACCUUUCCGGGAAGGUUCUUUCGAUGGGAGAGAUGGAAGAAGAAGCAGAGUUUUUGAUUCAAGGGCAAAGAACCAUAAUCCGCAAAUGGCUGAACGGGGCUACAGUGGAAUUUCUUCCGUAUCUUCUAUUCGUCCUUCUUCCGCUGCUGUGCAAACUUUGGUACAUCACGGCCGUCCUGGAGGCCCUAAGAAAGUUAUUAGUGGAGCGCACCCCCUCUCGAGUCCAUCGCUUAUUUCCCAAAGAGUUAAUUCUGGUCCUGGGAGAGCUUCCAUUUCUGCAAAUUCGAAUCUUCAGCCACCGAAAUUAGCAAGGAUAACAGCAAGCAGCGGAAACUCUCGUCAGUCACCAUCAUACAACUUAAUUAUGGACCCAAGUACAAUUUCAUUAGGUCCCAGCGUGUCAAGGGAUGUUUCGCAGCACUCAUCAUCUCAGUACGGCCCUCAGAGGCCUGAUACCCAAUUCACCACAGCAAGCAUUUCUACUUUCGUCUAUGUUCAGGUAGAUUUACGACGUCGUAGUUCUACAAAUAGUCCUUAUUUGCGCCAAGUCACCGUUGCAGCUAAUGAGGAUGGACGACGCUUUGCCUAUAAACCCUACAGUGGUACUCCAAGAAUAAUCCCUAAUUAUCGGCCACGUACUUCAAUUGUAGUGAGUGGUUCUACAUCAGCUUCACCGUACCGAACAGUCUCUCAGGACAAAUAUUCUGAAAGGGCAACAUCAGAUCGUCAGAAUGUCAGUGAACAUUAUUAUCAUCGUCCUGAUCGUUCGUAUUCCUCUACGUCGAGCGGCCGUGCAAGACUUACAUUCCUAGAGCCUUCGCGACACAUUUAUCAGACUUCUUCAUUUUUACCGUAUCAGGGGAACAAUGUUACCAGUCGAUUGCGAGAAGUACCAAGACCAUCUGAAGUUCGACAUCUUCCAAGGUAUGAGACUUACAUUGACCCAUUCACCACUGACUCCCGCGUCCAGCGAAGUGUAAUUGAUUCGGAAGCGGCUGCUGCAGUUGCUAGUAUAGUUAACGAACACUCAGAUGUCGAGGAAGGAGAAAGCUGUGAAACAGAAUCUCUGAGUAGUCGCUUGGAAACGCCAGAAAAAAAACAGGAAUUUGUGCCAGAGGUCGCAUUAAGUGGAGGCUUGUCCUGUCAAGAUCCUUUUGGAACAAUGAAGACUUCUGACAAUCCUGUUGAAAGGUCUUCGGAUACACAUCGUGAUGAUGUUAUUUCCCGUGAUAAUUCUCAGAGACUUAACUAUGAUGGUGGUAAUACAUCCACGAAUGUGGAGCUUAGCGUGCAAGAUCGCCAUGAGGACGGUUUAGCCGUUUUGGCCUUGGCUGCGGAGUCGCAUGCAGCUGUUCGCAGUAGGGCUGUUGGAGUUUCUGGCGUUAUGUCUUCUGUAUAUUCUGAAGGAGAUCAGGAUUGCACUGUUUUACAUUGUCAGAAGAAAAAUGUGGAAGAUUGUGGAGACUCUGCCACAUCUGAAUCUGAUAAUGCAUUAGUGUCUCAUACUUCGACUCCGUAUCGAUAUUUGGGUUUUGAAGAGGAAGAUGAUGACGAUUAA